CUUGAGUAAAGUAGAAAACAAACAAAUCAAAGCUACCAAAAGAGGCCAUUAAACGUCACCGUUGCAUUUGCCGUUUUAACGACCCUCCUUCCUCUCCUAACUUAAAAAGGCGCGGAGGAACCUCGGUCAUCUCCCAGCACUGGGGACUCGCCCAAUGCCACCGCCACCACCACCGACAGCACCGCCGCCGCAGCGAAACCAGUAAGAAAGAAGAUAUGGCGCAGUCUUUUAAACUCAAAAUUAACACUCUCCUAAACAAGCUCGGAGACCGGGACACCUUCUCUCUCGCUGCAGCUGAGCUCGAGUCCGUUUCUAGAAAUCUAGAUGCCAUUUCCCUUCCGACUUUCCUUUCCUGUAUUCUCUCCGUCGAUUCAUCCGAUAAAUGCGGAGUCCGAAAGCAAUGCGUGAAGCUAGUUUCUGUCUUGGCGGUUACUUAUCCAAAUUCUCUCCCUCAUUUCCUCCAUAAAAUCCUCUCUAGCCUCCUCCGUCGCCUCCGAGACCCCGACUCCGCCGUCCGCUCCGCCUGCGUCGAUGCCGUCUCGGCGCUCUCCACUAACCUCACCAAAUGCAACUUCUCCUCUUCGUUUUUGAAGCCUUUGAGCGACGCUCUUUUUACGGAGCAAGAACCGAACGCGCAGAUCGGAGCGGCAUUGUGUUUGGCGGCGGCGAUCGACGGAUCGCCCGACCCGGAUGCGGUUAGGCUGGGGAGGAUGCUGACGAAGCUGGAGAAACUCGUGAAGUCCGAUGCGUGCAAGGCGAAGGCGGCGGUUAUGGUGGUGAUCGGGAGUGUGAUCGGCUCGGGUGGGGCGUCGAAUUUGAGUCAAGGGAUGAUGAAGGGAUUGGUGGGAUGUUUGAUUGGUUUUUUGAGUAGUGAGGAUUGGGCAGCGAGGAAGGGGGCGGCAGAGGCGCUUGGCAGGCUGGCGAUAGCUGAGAGGGAUUCAUUGGCUGAGUUUAAAACCAGUUGUAUGAAAGUUUUUGAGGCUAGAAGAUUUGAUAAGGUAAAGGCUGCUAGGGAGGUUAUGAGUCAGAUGUUGGAGGCGUGGAAGCAGGUUCCGGAUUUUUCAGAAGAGGCGUCGCCACCGCCUCUAUCACAGGCUUCUAGUAAAGAGGACGCAAGUGAUGGACGCUAUCCACCUGGCUCUAAAAUUUCUUCCAACGUGGAUGUUGCAGUUCCUCAAACGAGGAAGAAACCUACUUUUACUACAAGGUCAACUCCGCCUGAGAGUUCCUUUGCAACCACAGCUAGGAAGAGAAGUCCUUUAAAGGCAACAAUUCAGAAAGUGAAUGGAAAGAAGCCCCUGGACUGGAGACUCGAGAUUGCUGUUCCUCAUGCUGCUAAUGUGACAGGGGCAUGUGAGGAUAGUCUUAAGGAGAGGAGUGAGAAUGUAUCACGAAGGAGGAAUAAUGAGAACGUGAAAUCUGCAAAGUCUGACAUAAAGCGAGUGCUUUUCAGUAAUAAGAAUUCUGAUGACAAGAUGCACAAAUUUGGUGGUUCAAAGUCUGGAUCUCGUGUGGCUCCUUGUCACGAGGAAACCACUGAAUCCACUGUUGUGGUUAGUAAUGCCUCUGAGAAUCUCAAUGCAAAUCACAAAGACUCUGAGGAUUUAUCUUUGAUCCGCAGCCAACUGGUUCAGAUAGAAAAGCAGCAAUCUAGACUACUAGAUCUCCUACAGAGAUUCGUUUGUAGCUCACAGACUGGGAUGCAUUCACUGGAGACACGUGUGCACGGUCUGGAACUGGCUUUGGAUGAGAUCUCGUAUGACUUGGCUGUAUCAACUGGAAGGAUGUCUUCUUCCAGCAGGACCACUUGUUGCCUACUACCAGCUGCAGGUUUUUUGAGCUCAAAAUUCUGGAGGAAAACAGAAGGCCGGUACGCUACCUCUUGGUUUUCUACGUCCAGCGGCACCCCAUCAGUGGCUGCCACACGUUGUAGAGCUGAUAGGAAUUGGAAUGCUGAAGCAUUUAAGUUGGAGAACCAUAGGUUACGGCUUCAAGGUGGUGGUGGAUUCAUUAUGAACCCUUUGGCAGAAAUUCACGGUGAUUCAAGGCGUGUCUCUGAGAUAGCACAUCAGUGACCACCAGAAGCAGCAGCAGGUUUGCAGGAUGGUCGGGACUUGGGAAUUGCACUCAAUUUUUAAGGUCAGUGGUGGAUAAGGGAGACAACAAAGAUGAUAAUCCACUUAUAUUAUGAAGUAGCUUAAUAGCAAAUUGCGUGGUGGAGUUGUUAUGCAGUUAGUUCAUUUAAAACUCACCUCAGAAAGUCUACAGUCUUGCAUCUUGUGGAGAGACCAAGAGAAGUGGCGUCAUCUGAUAAUUUGAAAAUUUUCUAGUAAAUUGAGGCAUGAGAAGGGGAGAAAGAGUGGUGUAGUGUGUGAAGAUGUGUAUAGCUUCCUGAUGUUUCUGAAACACAUUUGGUUUGUUCUUGAUUUAUAAAUCACCUGAAAUCGAUGAUGAGCGUCCUCAUAGCCAGGUUAUGAUGGUGGGUGGGGGUCUAAUUAAGUUAAGACAAAUGCUUCUUAACCUAACACUUUGUCCCGCUAGAGAUAAACUUACCGCUUUA